AUGUACCUCGUCACCAAGGCCGUUUCCGCCGUCGUGGCCCUCGCCCUCGCCGCCACGGCUGCUCCCGCCGCCGAAGGCGAGCACAUGAACCACCUCGCAGCUCGCACCACCGGCGACUUCACCUACUACUACACCGGCCUCGGGGCCUGCGGCUGGACCAACUACGACGGCGAGAUGGUCGCCGCCGUGGGCCACGGCCUGUAUGACCGCACUCGUCCCUGCGGUCGUUGGAUCCGCAUCCACUACGGCGGCAGGUCUGCCGAGGUCAAGGUCGUUGAUCGUUGCGAGGCCUGCAACGACGACGCGUUGGACUUGUCCCCCACUGCGUUCAAACAGGUCGUCGGGGACCUUGGACCAGGCCGCGUCCAGGGCGGAUGGGAGUUUAUUUAA